AUGAUUUCCCUGAUCGGGUACGAAGCAUUCAUCAAAAAGUACAGAUUCUGCUCAGAAGUGCCACAGAGUGGAUAUGACAAGGUAUACAGAGUGGAGAGCAAACACGGAGGCAACUUCUACACCUGCCGAGAGAUAUCUUACUCAAAUAUAGUACAGGACUCAAUAGCCAUUGAUCCCGGGAUAUUUACUGCGCUUCUAGCCAUCGAACACCCAUGCAUAGCAAAGAUUUAUGACAUCUACCACGACACAACGACCAAGAAACUGUACAUAGUGACGGAACUUCUGGAAGAUUCGACGCUGGAAACUCUAGUUGCAGCGCAUCUCCGCACAAAUGAAUCGAUGAUAGAGGAGGUGGUAUGGCGGGUUGCUGCCUACCUCUCCUCGGCCCUGUAUUAUUUUCUAUUUCAAUUUCAAAAAAAAUCAAUCUGCGCCAUAUUUAAGCGAUUCAUCACACCACAGGAUUGCGUGGUCUGUAGAACUGGACUUGUCAAGUUGCUAUUGACAGACUUAAUUUUCAUAGUUAACCCAAACUAUGCUAAGCUCAUGAGUCACCAAAAGCAGUGCUACUGUGCCCCUGAGAUACUUCUCCAUCUCCAGUAUAGUGAUAAGUCUGAGAUGUGGUCCUUAGGGUGUAUCUUGUAUGAGUUGUGCACCCUGAAGCGGUUUAUUGAGGACCCCAAUCCAAUGUUAGUAAGAAAUCAGGCUGAAGCCGCCGAGAAUCGCAUCGUUCUACCAGGCUAUUCAGAAGAUAUAUGCAACCUUCUUAACGGUCUUUUGCGUUAUGAACCAGGCAAUCGCUAUUCUGCCGAGUACAUUUGCUCUAUAAAACAGUGCACACUCGUCCUCGACACGAUAAGAGAGCACUUUCUUGCCACACAAAAGUACGAAAGGGAUUAUAUUCCAGCCUACAAUGGAUCAUAUUCUUGGGCUCACAAUUCCACAGCACCUGCAGUGUAUAACCAGCUGUCUCCUUCUUCAUUUAGGACACACGCCAAUGCUUACCGUCCAGAGCAGCUCACAGUGCAUGGAUCUGGAACGUAUAGCUAUGAUCCUUCCAAACAGCUGGUGCAGACGUUCACGCCUGCGACCUCCACUGUAUACUCCAACUCGGUAGCUUCACAGCCACAAACAGAUGUUAUCCCUACAUCUGUUGAUUCCAGGACUGAGCGUAGAGAUAGAGAUCCCGCUGCAAUAACAUAUAUAGAUGGUUAUGCGGCCAAAUAUUCUCCGGUGCUUUAUGAUUCCCAUAUAAUGUCUAAUAGAUCCGGUGUAGAGAAGCUUAUGUCACCGCUACAAGCGAUAGAUGGCCCAGUUAAGCCUGAUUGGAACGGAGCUUCCACAGCAUCAAGGGUAUCCCCAGAAGCCAACACCGCUGGUAAUAUCUUUCAACCACCAACGAGCUAUACGCUGCAGAAUAUGCUAUAUGAGCAGUCUCAUCAUCCCUCUACCCAAUCAUCAUAUGGAACAUACGCUCCACUCGGUGCUACGGACACUAGCGAACGAGCUAUCCCUUAUGACAUGGUGGGACAUCCUUCACUGCCUGCAGACUCCGCUGUUGUAUCGGUUCAGCCUCCUCAUCUUGUCCAAAAGCCCAGGCCCUUAGAGAUUGAAGAUCUAAGGCAAUCGCGACCAGUCCCGAACUAUCAAGCUGCUAGUCAGGCGGUGAUUGUCGCUGACAUCGAGUCGAGGCUGUCUCUCAUGGACAGAGUCAAGUCCAGGUCUGCCAACGUUAAAGGUCUAGGCUCUGAUGCCACAUUAUUGAUGCUGGCCGUUGUUAAUUUUGAUAACAAUGAAGUGCUCAGACACUUGGCUCUUGCGGGAAAGCGUACGCAUGAAGGAGUCUCAGCACUCAUGCUUGCAGCCAGUGUUGGAAACACUUACGCUAUUCGGAGCAUUCUGGAGCGUGUCGGAACUGCAGGCCAAAAAGAGACUCGCAUGCAGGACUACAGCAAUGGAAAGACAGCACUGAUGUAUGCCGUGGAAGGCCAGCACGAAGAAGCAGUGGAUGUACUGGCGAAGCACGAAGCAACUAUGACUUUGAACGACGGCACAACUGCUCUUAUGCUGGCAGCUGUGAGGGAGAAUGUGGAAAUAGUCAAAAGGCUUGCAAAUUUGGAAGGAGGAAUGGUAGAUUCUAUUGGAAGAACGGCUCUAAUGCACGCCAUGGGCAUCCACAACUAUAAGGCUGUUUCCAUUCUUGCCAAAUGGGAAGGGGAAAAGCAGGACCAUAACGGUCUCACUCCUCUAAUGAUAGCAGCAAAGGUUGGGGAUAAUGAGCUGGUGGACAUACUCAAGUUGUGCGGUUUAAACCUCAGAACUCCGGCAGGCGAAACAGCGCUCAUGGCUGCUGCAGCUGCUGGACACGUCGCGGUUUGUAGAACAUUGGCCCCACAAUAUGCAGGAGCAGCCAACAUCAUUGGGAUGACUGCACUGAUGUACGCUGCUGAAGCCGGGCACGAAGAGAUAUGUGAAGCGCUACUUCCAUACGAAAAGGGAAAGCGAGAUACAGCAGGGAGGACUGCGCUCAUGUAUGCUGCAUCCACCGGUCAGGUUGGCUGUGUGCGAAAGCUGCUUCAUGCUGAGGAACGAAUGCGGGCAACAGACGGAUCAACGGCUCUCAUCAUAGCAGCAGAAUUGGGCUUUACAGCUGUUGUUGCAGAACUGGUUACGCGGGAAGCAGGGAUUGCUCGGUUUUCAGACGAAACAGCUUUGUCAAUGGCCAUAAUGAACAAUAGAAGAGACUGCGUCCAACUUCUUCUUAAGGCUGAGGGUAUGCUAAAGUGUCCCGGAGGCAUGACACCUGUCGAAUAUGCGACACAUUUGAACCGGCCUGAACUCUCAACGAUCUUACGUUCUCUUUCGUUUAAUGAAGACUAG